UAAGUGACAAUUAAGAUGGAGCCCCACGAUGGCUGCCUGGAACGGCCGUCUGACACUGAGGAAGUGAGAGUGUUCAACGAGGAGCUGCAGGAAAUACUACUUGAACAACUUGAGCGCAGUUUACUGGAAUUCUACACACUCGAGACCCAUGUUGACGGGAUGGACGAGUCAGCCAGCGAGGACCCAGAUAAAAUGACACUGGAGGAAGAGGACCACUGUGAGAGCACGUCUCAGCCAGCAGAGUCGUUGUACACGGGGAAACCCAUCAUCCACCCCUGUGUGGACCCCCCCCUGUGUGAGGCCUGUCAGCGGCAGGAGCUGACGUUCUUCGACCCCGGCUGUCCAGGCUGUAACAACAUAUUGCUCAAUCCUAACACAAAUGCAUCAGAGAUAUUCGCCGUCCUGCGCCAGUGGACACCACAGACACAGCAAAACUUGGAUCUUUUGAUUAACGAGAUUUUAAAACGAGGUGCAAACAUUAAUGACCGAGAUGGGCUCACCGAUAUGACUCUGCUACAUUAUGCCAGCAAAGCAGGGGCUGCUGGGAUAGGCGAUUCGGAACUUGCCGCGUCAGUUGCCAGCUCCCUGAUCUCGCAAGGUGCUGAUGUUAAUAUCCGAUGUCGCUGGACUCACAUGACAGCCUUACACUACGCAGCUUACUUUGACGUCGUUCCUGUCAUUAAAGUGUUACUCAAAGCAACAAAGGCUUUAGACAUUGAUUCAACGUGUUCCGAGUUUGACAACGGGACGGCUCUUCACAUAGCCGCAUCCAACCUUGCUCACGAGGCUGUAAAAGUCCUCCUACAAAAUGGUGCUCACCCCAGCCUCAAAGACAACCUCGAUCGCGUACCAGCAGAUUGUGUUCCUGAUCCAAACAGCCUGGAACCGGGAAGUGACAUGCAGAAACAAGUAUCAAAAAUAAAGAAAACGCUGCAAGAUGCGAUACCACCGAGUCCUAAACAACCACCUCCCAACUACGACUUAGUCCAGAGCAAAGUCACAUUGCAAGCUCUUGGGCUGAACAUCGGGGAUAAAAUUGUGGUGGGAGGGUUGAAGACAGGCACCCUACAGUACUGUGGACCGACAGAGUUUGCUGGCGGAGUCUGGGCCGGUAUCGAGUUGGAUGAACCUGUAGGAAAGAAUGACGGAAGCAUUGGCGGAAUAUCGUACUUCAAAUGUCCUCCGAACUACGGUAUUUUUGCUCCUAUUAGCAAGAUUGCUAAACUUGGAAUGAUUACCACUAGGAUAUCUCCAGCUUCCCCCGUCCGAUCUCCCGUUAAAACCAUAGAUGUGUCCCAUGUGACUGCGAAAGUAGAUACAGCCAAUUCAGAGGAGGAAGGUCUGAGUAAAUCCAGAGCAUCUUCAAUAACCGAUCUGGGAGAAAUUAUAGUUGGUGAUCGGAUUAUCGUGGCUGGUCAGAGAAAAGGAACUGUUCGCUACAUUGGAAGUACAGACUUUGCUCCAGGCACUUGGUAUGGUGUUGAGCUGGACAAACCGGCCGGGAAGAACAAUGGGUCAGUGAACGGGGUUCGCUACUUCUCCUGUAAGAUGAAACAUGGAGUGUUCGCGCCUCUGUCAAGAAUCCAGAAACAGUUUCACGUAUUCAAUAGGCUAGGAGAUCGGCGAUUCAGCUCAAGUGAAUCUCUCGACACCAUCAGUUGGGGCGCUGUGUCUGAGAGACUGGACAGGAAAAUGUCAGGUCCAUCAGUAUCAAGUUUUGUUAGUAGACCAUCCAAGUCGCCUCUUCGAAUGACGAAGUCGGCUGGGAGUUCCAACAUACAGAGAACCCCCGGAUCGAGUCCCGGCCUCAAGCUUCAAAAAGGCAGCAGCUGUCUGUGUAACGGGGAACUCGGAACAGUGAGAUAUGUAGGCCCAACUGAUUUUGGGGACGGGAUAUGGAUUGGAGUGGAGCUGAAGACUCCAAAAGGGAAGAACGACGGCAGCGUCCAGGGGAAGCGAUACUUUGUCUGUAAACCGGGUCACGGACUGCUCGUGCGGCCGAGCAAAGUGUACGUUCGUGGAAUCAAUGGUGCUAAACUGAUCCCAGAUGAACUACAGAUCACACCAGACAAGGUGAUGAAUGGGGAUGCAAGACAGAAUGGAGACACGAGACAGAACGGAGACACGAGACAGAAUGGAGACUUUCACUACGGAAGAACUUAGUUUACCAUAGUAACAUUAACUAACCAAUGACUGACUUGUUGUCAAGUCUCUCGCAGCGACUAUGACACAACAUGGCUGGUGAUGUUACAGGAGUAACUGCUUCAUAUUCCUUUUGGUGCUUUUGUUCUAACCUUUGAGUAGGUCUCAAGUUGAACCGAAGAUUUGACGCAAUGUAACAUGACAGUUUUAGCAAUUGGUAACAUAUCAACUUCCCCAGGUACCAAAAUUUGAUUUGGUUAGACACUGAUAAAGUUAUAAGUCAUUCACAGAUAGUUACUUUGUUGAAUUGGCAGACUGCACAACAGUGCCUGUUAAUAAUUAUUUCAGAAGCGUGCAUAUGGUUUUGUUGCCAACAUAAAAGAUAUGGUACCCGAAGAAAAACCCUGUCCUAAAAACAUGAAACUGUUAAGCGAAUUCUUACCGACAAAAUAACACUUUUGUCACAUGUCUCUUGUAGAGUUGGAACAAUGACCUGAGACUUGCUACAGUUGGUGGUGUCCAGCUUUUUUUGUGCUGUUGCUUUAGCUUGAAUAGCAGCCAUCUUGUACUCAAUAAGUUUGGGGAUCACAUGUUUGUUUUUUUAGCCAAUUUCAUCAUAUUCAAACAUAUUUACAUAUUGUUCCCCAAAAAUGUUUUAAGGUGGACAUGCAGCUGCUUAAAAAAAAAAAUCUUUCUGACUUAAGUCACCUGUUGAGACAUUUAAAAGCCAGAGAAGAUCACCAAAAUUGAUUUGAUAAAACGAUCUGACAACCUAAUCUGACAACCUGAUCUACUAACAUGAUCUUAAGUGUAUUAAAUGUUAUCUAACAUGGCUGAAUUACAAUUGGAAAAUAAUUUUUAAAUGUCUGUCUUCUUGUAGAUAGCUUUCAGUCAUAUUAUAACAGCACUGUCAGGACAGCAUUUUAAAAUUAGUAAAAUUAAGUCUUAAUUAAAAAUAUAUGUAACAUAAAUUACCAUUAAUUACGUCAACAAAACGGUAGUUUUUAGCAUUUUAUGAAAAAUACUUUUAAAAUUGCAGAAACAAAAUUUUCUUAAUUCAGCAAUGAUUUGUAACUCGACUAUGUACACAGUAAUUGUAAAAUUAAACACUGCAACUUCUCAUUGACUUUUGUGUGCAAAAAAGCUAAAUAGUUUACAGUAAUUGAUUGUUUUAUGUCAAGACAAUCAUUCAGCUUUACUGAAUUAGAUAUUAGUUUCAUUACACUUGAACUACAAUAUUUACUACAUUUACUAGUCAACUGUAAUCACGACUUCUGAUGUUACUGUUCAAACCAACAAUGAUAGCAAUCUUAGUUUUAAAAAACCCAUUGUUAGGAUUUAUGAAUAUUAGCUAAAUGUUAGAAUUAUAGGUAUCUUAGCACAAUUGUCUUGGACUCGCCAAAGUGGUUACAAAUCUAAGAAUCUGUGCAAACUUUAUAGCAAUCUAGGAAUAUGUGCAUAAUUGUAUGAGAUCUUAGAAUAUUUGGAUAACUAACUGCAAUAUUGGAAUGUUAGUAAAAGUACUGAACACAUAGCAUCCUUAUGCUGGCAUUCCAGAAAUCUUGUAACAUUCAAUUCGUUGGUCGUGAAUGGGGGAAUGCAAUGUGAGUGAUGAUAACAUUCCAAGUGCUGGAAUAGCAUGACUGGAAAACAGAGAGGUGAAAGAGAGUAGAGUAUAUUUUUUUAGCUUUAGAGAGAGCUGUUGAAUUAAUGUGUAGUAAUUCAUGUGCCUUGUCAUAUUCAGUGACUUGUGUCAGGUUUUUGAUGAAGUUCCGUGAUAGAGUGCUCACCUGAAGUUGGAUAGAUGGUAGAAUUGAUUGCCCUUUAUGGACUCUCCCAGUUUUCUUCCAGUCCCAACUAGUGCCCCACUACUGGUAUAUCAAGAUCUGUGGUAUGUACUGUUCUGAGAAACUGCAUAUAAAAGUGCCUUGCUGCGUUUUGGAAUGAGUAGCCUGUGUGACUCUAUCAGAUUUCCUCAUUCUAGGCCACUGCCACAAUUACCAGACUUUACUACAAGCCUGUGAGCUUUAAAAAUUGGCAUUUGUGGGUUAUAUAAAACCAAAUUGAGGUAACCCAUUUUGUUUUUGCGUAACUCAUCAUGACCAUAUAAAUUAUAUAAAUUUAAUUGUGCUAAUGAAAAAUGGGUUAUGCUAAACUAAACACGUGCAAGUGAAGCACAAACAAAAUUAUUGUUCUCACAAUUUUCACAGAUUUACUAUAGACACCGAAUAGCCUUUAUUUAAAAUGUUCUGAGGUGUCGUCAAACAAAUAUUCGUUUCUAUGCAUGUAGCUUAUGUAUUUGUUUUAAACAACGGCGCAUGUUCCACUUUAAACAUGUCUGGAAUUAUGCUUAGUACUUUUAAAGUGUAUUUCAUUGUUUAUUACCAUGGAAACAGCUCUGCCAUCAUAUUGUUGUUGUUUUUUUUGUAACUUUUGUAAACAUUAUAGGAUGGAAUAGGAGACCGAAUGGUGAUGGAAUAACCAGACCUGGUGUGCUGCAUGCUAUUUGUGGAUGUAUUUGUAUGGAUUUUAAACUAGAUUUGUCGUAGUUACAAAGCUUGUUAGAUAGCUGUGUUGAAUACUUUAGUUUAUUUCUGCUUAUGUCAAAAUCAAUGUUUCCAAUUUACAUUUAAACAAAAAUGUAUUUGUUUUCUAAAAUUUGCAAAACAUUUCUGUAUUUACAAUUAUAUAGUUAUAAUUUGUUUUAAAUGCUUCAUUAAUAGCAUAGAUUAAUACUUGUAAUAAAAAUUAGCUAUCUUUCUCUAUGUAAAGCAAUUUAUUGUGGUGAAAUAAUAUUGUUUGCUUUAUUUAUUUUAAGUUAUUGCAUACUUGUGUUUGUUUAUCAUGUUGAAGAUCUCACGACUGUUUUUGUGGUUUUUAAUUAGUAUUCAUCAAGGAUUUAAGGUUUUCAUUACUGUGGAGUUGAAAAUGCCUAGAUAAUAAUAAUGGAAGGUAAUUAAACAUUGAGGUGGGGGAGCAAAGCUUAUAGUAUAGUUUAAUACUAAAAGGGUUCUUCAGUUUAAGAUGUAAAGAGAUUUAAACUUCAGUGAGAUUACUAUUAUUGCAGAUGGAAAGUGAUGGUUUUGAGAGAAGAUUGGUCCUCGUACAAGUUUUAUAAAAUUUUGAAGGCUUUACUAUAGUCUCGACCAAACAAAUGACAUAUCAUGAAAGUCGGAAGACUUUACUUGACUUUAAACUUAAUAAGCUUAUUUAUCACUCGUUUAAACGCUUUUCCAUUCUGUGAACUAUUACCAUUUUCAUUUAUUUAUUUAACCAUUGCAUGGUAAUACAUUUAACACUUUAAAUUGUAACAUAUUCAUGACCUUAAAAUUUAGGGAAAGCCUAUUUUGUAACACACAAAUUUAGCUGGGUCGAACAACAAAAUAUGAAAGCAUUUAGGUAAAUAAGGGGGCACCGUGACUAAUAAGGCAGAUGAGGACAUUAAAAAACCAUAAAAAUAUACCCACCUUUUCUGUACGAUCCAUGCUUUUAGAAAACUACAACCCCCCUCCCCAAAAAACAAAAAACCCUAACAACCAACAUUGCAUCAUGUCAUCAAUUCUGGAACUUUGGUUUAACCAGAUUGAUUUUAUUUUUUGUGUGCUAAAUUAUUAGUACCGGUAGUAUAUUAAUUUAUGACUAAAAAACUCUAUAUGACAUUUGUUCGACCACCAUAUUACUUGAAAAUGGCAUUUGUUUCUUAAAAAUAUACUUACAACUAUCAUUGUAUGGUGAUGGCUUAAUGGAGCAAAACAAAUUAAGAGUGGACCAAAUUUCCAAAGCCUAUUUUUGUCUUCUACGCAUGUAAUUACAUAUUUUUAUAAUGCUUCAACACCUGUAUUUAAAAAAAGGGCUUUGUAAAUUUGGGCCAUAGUGUUGUAUGACCUUGUUAAAUUUGUGAUAUUUUAUGCUUCCUAACAUUUUCCAAUUUAUAGUGUUACACUAUAUCUUAUCUGUAGCUAUCAUGUAGCAACAAACAGAAAAAUUCAAUUCUUUUAUUUAGGAUAUAUUUGUUUUAUGAUACUAAUGUUUCAUCUCCCUAUCCUGCAUCCCACUCGGAUGUAGAAAAUAGUCAGUUUUUUUACUCAAGCUACGAUGUUGGAAUGAUACUAAUUGCUUGUGUGAUUAUGAUUUCAAACUCAGCAGUUGUUUGUGUAUUGUUUAUGUGUGUGAUGUGUAUUAUUAUUUCUGUUUGCAUCGUCUACUUCAUAUUGUGAUCGUCUUAGCAUGUCUUUGUUGUAAAACAACAGUACCUGUACAAUAGUAGCUUUUGUAUCCUACAUUAUUUUUAACCAAGUGUUAGUGGUGUAUUACCCGUUUUCUUUUCUACCUUGUAAACCUGCCAAUUCAUUUUCAUCGACUGUUAAUACUAAAGAUUACUUUAAUAUAUUUAUUUCAUCAUUAAUAUUAUGGUAGUCAAAAAUUUUAAAAUAUAUUUCAAGAAGUAAAAUGUUUUAUCAUAAUUUAAUUCCAGGUUUUAACACAAUUGGAAGGGAAAUUAUUUUAUUUUGUUUUAUUUUAAUUGUAACAAAUGUGAAAGAUUAUAAAUCCAUUUGGAGUUAUAUGCAGGGGACAUUAUUUCAAAAUGUUAGGUAACUGGAAUCUUGUUCAUGUGAUUUUCACACUGGUAACAGAUUGUUUAUAUAUAUGAAUUUUAUGAGGAUCUUGAAGUUUGUAACGCAAUUUUAGAAUGUAAAGGUUUACCAUGUACUGUUCCCUGUAUAUACAAAUUAAAAUCCCUCAUGACAACACUUUUCAAAAUCUUUUUACAAUUAAUAGACAAGAGAUAAAUUUAUCGAGUUAUAAAAAUACUUAUUGAUAUUUUGAAAUCUUAUGCACUUGUUAUUUAUGCCACACAGUAUUAACAUGACCUAAUUGUGCUUUGAAUUGUGUCAUCACCGGAAUGGCAGGAAGUGGAUCAUUUUAUUUGUUUCUUGUCUGUGUUAUUGAUGAGAACAGAGACAAACAAUGUCCAACUGUUUGGAUAAUUACUAGUUAAUAAACUGUAGGCAGUUAUUUUGUUUUACAAAAUUAUUACUUAAUAACUUGAAAUAUAUUCUAAAAAGAAGGGCCCAUAUUUUCUUAUUUUCUUAGUGCUACAAUAUCGUCAUAGUGACAUCAUAGCCUUCCAUGGUUUUACGAUAUCGUAGUGCUAAGAUAGCAUUGAAAAUCUGUAUCCAGGUUUGUAGUACAAGAUGUAGUAUGACUGCUUCCUGGUAACUAACAGUACUUAUUUGUUAAAUGUAAUUCCAAAACGUUCAGGCUCCAAUUUCACAAAACAUUGUAAGCCUAGUUUUGUACGUAAAUGGAAAUCUACAACUAAACCACAAUUCUUAUUAUAAUACAACAAAUUUAGU